CCUGGUUUCUUUCAUAUCUUCACCCAACACAGGCCUCCUGCGUCGAUGUUUCCCGUGAGCACAAACAAACGAAGAGCGGAGAGUGUCAUCCAGGAUACAAGGGGAAACAAUGUGAAAAACCUAUAAAAGGUUUGUAUGCCAAUCAGGCUGGUCAUUCCUGUAAGGACAUCCGGGACUCAGGAGACUCCAAAGGAGACGGCGAGUACUGGAUCGACCCUGAGAAGAGUGGAAACCCUUUCAAGGUUUACUGUGACAUGACAACUGACGGAGGAGGUUGGCUUCUUGUCUCCAACGUUGUGAUUAUUAGUUCUUCGUCCCCACAAAUGUCAGUAAAGACGUCAUACCGUGAAAUCAGCAGUUACCAUAACAACCAGACUUUUCUGACCAAGAGUGCCAUGAAUGAGCUCAAAACACACAUGCCUUUCACUCAACUGAGAUUCCACUGCAGUAAACAACAGGGACGUACGUUCCACGUGACCACGGUCGCUAACAGCAUUGGUGAAGCUGUAGUCCAGUACUUCAGCGGUCAGACGGAUGUCCAGCCUGAUGCCUGUGGCUCGUUUGUUAGAAUGGAGACCGACAACUCGGGAUUGGCAGGCGUUUGCGAUGAUUGGGGAUAUAAUGGUGCGAGCCAUUACGUCGGCAAAUGGGGGCAUGCUGAAGAUCAAGAUAGAUUGUACUAUGCCAGUGCUUUUGUAGCGUCUUUAUAUCACUGGCUGCUGGAUCCAGAUGGCUCAAGAUGGGAAUGUGAUGACUAUCUCGUUGGAGUGUCUCCUGGUGAUUUCUGGAAAGUCUUUGUUCGUUAAGAUCCUGGUCCACCGAUUGCUUAUAGCUGGACAAACGUAUUUAUCUAAUCUUCGAUACAUGCAAAAAUAACA